AUGGAAACGCGUGGUGACGGAAAAAGUAUGCCUUGGAGUCCAGAUACAAAGCCAAGAAUGGGACCAAGAGGAAUGGAAUCAGAAAUGGGAGGCCGUAGACAUAAAUUUGGAGGAGGGGACCGUUUCGAUGGCAGGCAUGGAUCCAGAGAAGGAAACCGUUUCAGCGGAAGACAUAGAUUCGAAGGAGGGGAACGUUUCAGCGGCAGACAUGGAUCUAGAGAAGGAAACCGUUUCAACGGAAAAGAUAGAUUUGGAGGCGAGGACCAUUUCAACGGAGGAAUGAUGCAACGUCCGAUGAAAAAUUUAAGAUUCGAUAAGAAAUAA